GUGUGCGAACGUUUGACAAUGCAUCCGACUGCAAUGUUAUAUUACCGUAUGUUUUGAUAAAGACUCAGCUCUGAUCUUUCAUAACCCACUGACACUCAACCCGAUCCUUGACUAAGCGGAACCUUUCGGUAGUAAGUUCUGAUUAGGGGGGAAGCUUGAAUUAUGCACCAGACAAAUAAGCAUGAUGAUGGCAGAGCCCGUCUACGAUAUUAGACAUUCUCUGAUGAUGGACACGGCUGGAUGUUUACUUGUUGAAAUGUGAUGUAUACGGUCGAAUCUUUCCAAAUGUUCCUUUUUUCCUGCAAGACUUUGUUCUUAAGAAACUGAACCGAAAUCUGUUCAACCAGGAACACCAUAUGCUUUAGAUUGUUGGAGAGUUAAAUUGUCGAUUCCGCUGUGACAAUUAACUAAACAAAAGUUAAGUUGACUUAGUUUGUGCACUCUGCAUUCGUACGUGUUGUUUACUAAUAUAUUGUGAACCUUGAUUAACUGGGUUUGGAGACUUAGUGCACUCAGUUCGGCAGUCCUUCUGUGCAACCCGAAUGACGAGGACACAAGGAGAAUCGGGACAAGGCUUUCACUGGACGCGCAGUGACAACUCCUUCACUUUCAACUUCCAUCCACAAGGAGCCUCUCCACAGUCUCAGAACGCAGCUCCUGUCUUGGAGACGCCGCCACAGGCGUCAGGGUUUGCCUUUAACUUUCAGAUCCCAGCGGCAUCUGCACGCAACACCAUGGAGGUAGCACCAGAGGCUGUCCCGAAUACUGAAGAUGUAUCUCAAAGCACAGGUGCACCACCACCCUCCAAGUCCAAGAAAAAGAAGAAGAAAAAGAAGGGUGAAGGAGGAUGUUCAGUCAACACUGCAAAAUCAUCUGGACCUCCUCCAGAGGCUCAACCGGAGAGCUCUGAGUUGACUCCAGAACAGCAACUAAAUCGUGAGCUGGACUGGUGUAUAGAACAGCUUGAGUUGGGCCUACGGACACGGAAAACCACGCCAAAGCAAAUCGAGGAGUCUGGUCGUGCUCUGAAGACCCUGCGCAGUCCUAAAGCUCCCCUGGUCAAGAAAAGGCAGGUGAUGCGUGCUGUCGCAGGGGACUACCGCAGCAAGAUGGAGCAGGAGAGAGACAAGCAGUUCAAGUUGAUUCAGUCCUCAAUCAGUUCAGCGCGGGUAAAAACUGUUGCUGAACCAGCCCGGAAGCCUGUAUUCCACCGGAAAGCAGGACCCAAAGUUAUACAAGUGCACACAUCCACCCAGAAUACAGAUUCUGCGCAUACACAGGCCACCGCGGUGCCUUCUGACACCACAGAGGGACCGCCUCAGGAGUCACAGGGUUUCAUUUUCAAGCCCUCUCAAGAGGAGUUCUGCUUCAACUUCUUGUGACCCCACAAGUGCCAAAAUCAUGGAAUUGGAAAGAGUUCUGAAUUCUAUACCCAGAAUCAUUGUCAACAAUCUGUCUCUUUGGCAAUGAAUUACCAUACAGAAUCCAGGUGGUUCUGAAAAUAUGGCAUGUGUUAUUAUGGAGGUGGAGUGGAAUGUCUUAGAGUUCUGAAGAGAACCAUUCUGGACUUUUUGUCUUGUUUCCUGUGUUUGUGUAGGGCUCAGGUUUGUGUGUGAAUGAAUACUCAAACACUUGCAUGUGGAAUGAGACUUUUAUUUUUGUGACUUAAAACAAUUUCAUCAGAAGAAUAAACAGAAUUCCCCAGUGA